AGCGGGCCCCUCACCACAGGGGACAGGCGCUCCCGUAGGGCAUAAAAGGUGGGCAAUAUACACUUCUCAUCUCCAACCCUCUCAGUGCCCCACAAAGUCACAAAUCUCCCGGUAUCAAAUUGGCAGACUAGAGUUCCCUCGUAUCGGGAGUUGCAAGCAUCGACAUGUCUAUUCUCGACUCCGUGCCCGACUUGAUCCGUGAGAAAGCCCUCCAGGCUGGAAUCAAAGAUACCGUGGCACCCAAAAAGUCCAACUUCUGCUCCUAUUCGGACGACAUCAAGAAUGCGUUUAAGGACGGCGACUACAACUACCUGAGCAAGAACCGAGACACGGUGGCUACUGACUUGAAUCCCGUCUACGGAAAUUUCCAGCAGAACGGAGAUCAGGCCUUUUUCACAGUGACGAAUCCAUCCAACAAUACCGACUAUCAGCUUUCCAUUGCAGGGCCCACGACUGCCCCGUAUGCCUACAUGUGGGUUUAUACCGACCCCAGUCGCAUUGAUGCCGCCCGUCGCGGUCAGAAUGAUGCUGGCCCCGGAGACCAUACCUUGCAGCCGGUCGUGCAGUAUGGGACGUUGUCCAUGAAUGGCAGUACCCUGGGGAUUCAGAAUUCCAUCCUGGAGGAAAAGUGGUUUGAGUUGGGUGCAGCGGUCAUUAGCCUUGCCUUCGGCAAGGUUAUUGGAAAGGCCAUCUUCAACCGCAUCGAGCAAGGUGCUUCAGCGGCGUUCGCGGACAUUAUCAGCGCGGCAGUCGACGCCACAGGCCUGGAGCUUGCCGAAGCCGGAGUGAUUUCAACCGCCCUGUGGGAUGGGAUCGCAAGCCUGGCUGUCACUAUGUCGAUUGAGCUCGCCGCGGGGGUGGCGAUCUACUUCUUAAUCCUCUUCAUUGCCAAUAUCGUCUAUCGAGAGUAUAAGAUUGUGUUCAACAUCCGCAACUGGGACCCCGACAAUGACUAUAUCAUUGACACCUCCCCAGCCGGAUACAAUGAGCAAUUGGACGGCAACCAAGAUUGGGAGGAGACAAUCAUCCCCCGGCCAUCACACACUGUCACCAUGCCCGAUGGCAUCACGGUGAUAUCUAAGGAAUCGAUCUGCAUGUACUCAAGCUACAUCUACGUCAACUCCGUCAAGGUGUUCGCCGGUGUCGGGGUGGCGGUGGUGGUGAAAAACGCGGCCGACAAGUCGAAAGGCUUUGGGGCCAAAUACCUCUGCCCGUACCUUGCGGGCAAUUCUCUCGGGCUCACCGGGGGCGUGGUCGGUUCCCCCCUGGACUACUACAACGACGAUUCCACCUGGGCGCCCGGGGGAAGCUACAAGGCUGAAUCGUCGACUCCGGACGGAAUUCCCCUCUCGUGCACCACGGAUUCUUUGUCCGGCGCCCAAGACGAGGUCUACACCUUCGACGUCAACAUCGGCCUGGAGCCCUCCUCCAAAUUCAAGGAGCCACGGCCAGAGCCCCCGAAGUCACGCCCGCUGCUGCCUCAGCCCGAGGUGCCGACCCGGCCGAGCGUGGGGGACGCGAUUCGACUUCCCAACGGCGACAGUGUCAAAGUGCUCCGGUAAAAGUCGGGUUACCAUCGAGAAAGAACCGACCGCGUGAGGCCCGCUGAACCGGACGACUUAUUCCAAAAAAGCAGCGUGCGACUGGCU